GAGUAGAGAGCCCAUAGCUAUAGAUCUUUAGUCUAGUAUUAUUUUCUACCUAAUUAAGAGUACCUAUUCUAUAAAGAAGAUAUUCCAAGCUUGAGACUAGUACUAGUUAAGCGAAACGAGAAACGAGAAAUGAAAACCCUGAGAAAUUCACUAUUCCGCAUUACUCUCCCCUUAUUUUCCCUAAUCGGCGAGUCCCAAGCCCUCAUACACCUAUCCCACAACCGCAACACCACCCCACCCGACGCCGUGCUCUCCCCACAGUCCGUCGCAGGCACCUCGGACUGCGCAGCCGCAUCGGCCAACGCGACGUUCCGCCUCAGCUUCGUCAGCUACGGGAACUACACCGCGCUGCCGGGCCAGGGCGAAGACGACGGGGGCUUAGCCCCGCGACAGCUGAUGUCGAUGUCGUUUGCGGUCGCCAACGGGGCCAACGGCGUGUACACGAUCUGCGCGUUCCCGCUGGGCCACCUGUCCGGCGCGGGGGCGGGGGCGGGGACCGGCGAGCCGGAGCCGGCUACUUGGGUCGAUGAUGCUUCGUGGCAGGCGUGUGCGGAUCGCCGUGAUUCGGACGGCAAGCACCGGUUUACGAUCGCGACGGGCGCGGUGUUUAACCGUGCGGAGCGGUUUCUUGCUGUGAAUCAGACGUGGUUUUGCCAUGAUGAUGUUGGACGUCUGGUUGCGUAUACGGGUAUUGCGAACGGUAGUUUAACUAUGGGUUGUGUCGACGGCGGCGAAUUGGGCGGCUACCAUGUUGAGAACUGCACGGCGCCUGACGGGACACUUCCGGUGACGCUACUUUAAGAUUACAAGUUUUUCCUAGCUUGACCACGGCAUUGGGUAUCGAGUUGGUUUGAUUUCACAUAGCUCCAUGGGAAGGAUUCAUUGAUCGAAAAUGUAUGGGAGCUUUGUUUACCUCCCUUGAAAUAUAUCGUGGGAGGUUCUUCGCAAUGUCGUUGUUUCCACCUGGACGUUUGGACAUGUCUUAAUUAGCCCUAGGCCGUAUGGGCGAAGGGAUAUAAUAGCAACAAGGGGUUAGGAGGAAUAAAAAAACAUUUGUGGUUGAAAGGGAUAUAAGGAAUAGCUUUGUGCCUAUCGGAGUUCAAAUUACUCCUUUAUAGUCCUAAUAUAUUAAUAAUGUCUAUAAA